AUGGAUCGUCACGCUUAUAAUCAAGCAGAAAGUAAUUUUUAUCGCAAUUUUAAAGUAGUUAAAGUAGUAAAAGAGCUUCAGCCACCCGCUGCUGUAAUUCAGACAAAACCAGAGGAUAUAGAAAAAAUUGUACAAGAAUCAGUAAUGAAACCUAAAUCAACAAAUCGAGAAAUGUCUGAAAUUAAUCGCAGAAGACAUGCUCUUUUCAUGGAGACACCAAAAUAUCCAAUCAGCAGUUUUUACGAGAUUGAGUCACAAUGGAUUAAAAAUAAAUCCAUCUCUGAAAAAUAUAUGUCUGUUUCAACUGACUCCGAUUCCAUAAAUUCUGCAGUAGAAAAAAUUGAUGAAACUACUGAAGAGAAAACAACAGUGGAUACAGAAUCAGCCAAAGAAAUUCAACAAGAAGAACAACAAGAUAUAACAUUAAUUAACUCAACUGCUGAUACUAUAUUACUCACUAAUGUAACAGAAGAUUUAAAUAGUACCGACAGUGAUUCAAUAUCACAAGCAAUUAACAAAAGUACAGAAUUAAAUGCCUCUGUUGCACCACCCAUUGAAAAAAUCCAUAAUAUUCAGCUGACAGAAACUGAAAUAACAACAGAUACAAAUGUACAAAUAAAAGAUGCUGUUGCGAAAAAUAAUAUUAAGACUGAGCAAGAAUUAUUAGAAAUUAAAACAGAACCGGUAAUGCCAUCCAUAAACUUGGAAUCUGAUGAUGCUUGGAUGGCUCUUCUUGAGGAAGAAAUAAUACUUGAUGAUGACUUUGACGACGUUCCAGAAACUCAAAAAGAAAUUAUAAUCGAAAAACAAGAAGAAGAAUAUGAAAAAAGAGAAACGAUGAUAGAAAAACAAGAAGAAAAUAUUGAAAAGGAAAAAGCAAAAAUUGAAACUUUAGAUAAUGCAACUGCGAUGGAAAUCGCUGUUAAGGAUGAAUAUCAUACCGGUAUAAAAGAUAUUCAGAGUGACAUUUUGUAUGUAGAUAGCAAGAAGCAAAGCGACAAAAUGAAGAAUCAGCCAAAGAAGAAAAAGGAAUCAAAACAUAUUAAAGAUACAAAAACUAAGGACAAUACAAAAAAUAAAACUGGAUCUAAAAAACAAAACAACGUUGAAAUUAAAACAAAUACUACUGACAGCUUAUUGCCAACACAAUGUAAUUUAGAAAAACAUAAAACAUUGGAGAAAAUAACUGAACUUGAAACAGAUAAAAUAGAAAAAUCUUUAAUAGCAGGCGAACAACAGUCCGAAUCGUUCAAAGAUGAUGCAAAAUUGGAACAAAAAGCGCAAGAUACUAUUGAAGAAAAACCGUCAUUAAAAUUCGAAGAACAUAAAUCAAAAUCUAGUAAGAAACCCAAGAAGCAAAUCGACAAAUCCGCAACUAAAGAAAAUUUAGCAAAACAUCAGGAUAAUAUGAAAGAAGAUCACAAUAACGUAUUUCCAAUAACAACGGAAGUUAAAUCAAAUGAAUUUGAAGCAUCAUCGAUUGUACAAAAACAAGAAGAAUCAACAGGGAAUAAAUACGACAGUCCAUUAAAUUCGAAUGCCAAAUCGUGGGCAGCCAUUGUCGGUACAAAAGAUGUAACAGAACCAAUUGUUUUGGAAGACAAUUCUUUGAAUAAAAUAUGCUCCAUUAUUUCUGAAGAUCCAAUAAAUGCCAAGAAUAUUGAAGAAAUUGUAGAAAUUCCACCAAAACAAGAUACACAGUCUGCUACAUUAGAAAUGAGCAAAGAUGUUAUUGAGGAUAUAAAAACGGAUAUAAAAAUGACGGAUAAAAUUGUCAAACCGAUCGCAGAAAAAUCCAUUGAGUCAAAGAAACAACUUAAAGAAGGCAACAAAUCUUAUGCGCAAGUCGCAGCCUCUUCUCGACGAACUUUCCCUCAAUCUUCUCAAGAGAAAAUAUAUGAUAUUCUUAAUACACGUAUAAUUGAAUCUAUGCCAUUGAAACCUGAUCCUAAAAUAAGCAAUGCAAAAAUACUCGAUGAGAUGCAUGAAAACUUAACUACAGAAAAAUUAUUAGAACAGGAUCAAGCUGAUAAAAUAAUAGCACAUCAAUCUGUUGAUCAAAAAAUGGAUACAACAAAGUCUAGUUUUCAAAGCGAAUCAAUUCCUUGGGUAGAAGAAAUAGAGGAAGAAAUAUCGACACUUUCGUCUAUCUGUGCUAUUCCUACUGAUUCAAAAGAUGAUGAAACAAAACCGGAAAUAAAUACAUGGGCUGCAAUAGUGGGCAAAAAAUCCGUAGAAUCGCCAGAAGUUAAUAAUAUUCUUAGUCCUGAGCAAAAUCUGACACAGAUUGUAGAACGACCUUCGGCACAGGUUCAAAUUUAUGUAGAGGAGACCCUCGAACAAGAAUCGAUAGAGAAUUUGAUUCAAGUGGACGAACAAGGUUUCAUGGAAUUUGUUAACCGAAAAGAAUUGCGCUCCAGACGUUCCAGAUCACGUUCUCGAAGUGCUAAACGAAAUGAUGAACACGCAGAAACUUUAGAUAGCGACAAGAAAGUUAAAACAUCCAAUGUAGGAUCUGAAAAUAAAACCAAGAAGAAGAUUGAAGAUAAAAAUAAGAAACCUGUACAAAGACAUGAGAACGAACAGAAAAUAAUUGUGGAUCGCGACGAAUUAAUAAAAAAUGUUAAAAAGAUGUGCAAAAUCUUCCUAAACCAUCUGAAAAAAUAAAUGCAUCUAAGAACAAAAAUGCAGUUAAGCAACAAAAAGACUUAAAUAAACGUAAGAAAGAAAGUGAGAAACCACUUGCUAAGAAUAAAAUUCAGAUUGCAGAGAGUAAAAUUAUUGAAGAAAUAAAACCCGAACAAGACAAAACAUUUGAAAACGGAAAAAGUAAGUCGGAGAUAAACGAGUCUAGCCAGGAUCAAAUAAAACAACCUAUCGAAGUUGAUAAGCAAAAAGAAUUAACACAGAUCGAGAAACAAGAGGAACAGAAAUUUGUAAAUGAGAUGGAAAUAUCUAAUCAGUCGCAAUCGAGAAAUAUUGUCACUGAAAGUCAAGAAACUAAAAAUAUAGAAGACCAAUCAAUAAAAGAAACACAAUUAAUUGAAGAUAUAAAUAUACAAGAGAACAAAUAUAAAAACGGAAAAGAAUUUUUAGUUACAGAGCAAAGUAACACUACAAAAUCUAAGAAAAAAUCAAAAAAUAAAAAAGCAAAAGUCAUUACUGAGCAAUUGAUUGGAAAUGUUUCCGAUGUAAGCAAAAAAGAGAUACCAAUUGGAGAGUUGGAAGAGAAAAGGGAAUUACUAGCGGAGCCAAAAUUAGAUCAUGAAGUAAAAAUAAAACUCGAGGAAGCCACUACUAAAGAUAUAACACAUAAUAAGUCUACGAAUAAAAAAAUUCCAGCAGAGGAGAAUAAACAAGAAGAUAUUAAGCAGCAAACUACUGAUGAAACUACAGAACAAAAAGCAUUGAGCAGAACGUAAUUGAUGAAUCAAAGAAUACAAAAAUGUGUGAAGAAUCAUACAUAAAACAAGUAGAGGAAGACAGAAAGGAACCAAAAGAAAUUUCUAAAUUUACAAAAACGGAGAAACGAAAACAGAAGAAAAAAACAAAAGCUAUAGUACAAAGUGAAGAAGAUGAGAAAAAAGAAGUUGAAAUAGAAAAAGAUGUUGCCCAAGACAAAUUCAUCGAUUCGUUUAGCAACACAAACAUUAUUGAAGAUACUACAGUUGAAAAGACGGUUGAAAUUACAGAAGAAAUUGCAAAUAUUACACCAUUAAAAGAUAAAAUAGAUGUUGCAAUUGUAAAGGAAAGUGAUGAAUCGUUAACUGAUAUACAAACUGCACAAAUAGAAACAACUGAAAAAUCUUUAGAAAAAUCCGAAGCUGUAAUCAAAAUAUAACAUUACUUUUGCAAAUAAAUCCCAUAAAAGAUAAAGAAAAACAGAAAAGUAAAACUAAAUCUAAAAAGAGAAACGGAAAAAUAAAUCUCAAGAGACAUUUAUGGCUGAUUCUACGGAAAAUGAAACAUUAUCUAUUGCAGAAAACACUACUGAGAUUACAAACAUCUCUAAAGAUAUAAGUGAUACACAGGUUGAGGAAGAUGUCAAAAAUAAAAAUUAGAUAAUGAACCAACUGAAAUUUUACAAUCUUCAAAAGACACAGUUGAGUUACUUGCAUCUUCUAUAAAAAAGGAAAUAGUUGAAAUUCCACUAUCAUCCGAAAAGAGAGAUGAACAAAAAUCCUUGAAUGACGCUGAAAUCGAAGAUAAACAAGAGUCUAAGGAACAAGAAAAUUUAUUAAAAUGUUCAAUGGAAGACAUUACUAGUAUUAUAAAUGAAAAUGUAUCGACUACCAGCAAAUUGAUUGAUGUAACUACAAAAGAGACAGAAUCAAAUUUUGAUAAUUCAACGGAAAAGGAAAAAAGUGUUUCAACUGAGACGAAAUUUAAAGAAAACCUUGAAACGUCUAAUGAGGAAACAAAAGAAGAAAUCAAUCAUAAACAGAACACAUAUGAAGAACACAUGAAAACAUUAGAAACAAAUAAUGCUGCAGAACUACCUGUAGAUUCGGAAAAGAUAAAACCAAUCACGGAGAAUGAACAAAUUAUACAUCAAAAAGAAAAGCUCGUUGAACCCGAGGACGCCACAUCCGAUUAUGACAUCACUUUGACAAUGGUUGAUACAAAACAACAAACUGAAUUGCCUGAAAUAGAAAAACCCCAUUCCAAACCUGAUGAUGACACUUUGGAAUUGUACGAUAUUACGAUAGUUGACAGUGAUCAAAUAAAAUCAAUAACAGACAA